UGCAUGACAACAAUCAGAAUAAUAGAACCGCUGCUAUCCUAUCCGAAUCAAGUAUGGUAUGAUCUGCAACAGCCUGUGACGCUGCAAUGGCAGUAAAGCUGCCUGUGAGAGCUCUUAUUUUGACUUGCAUCGUUCUGUGCGUAAUCCUAGAUGUACAAGCAUCAAGGAGGAGAACGGAUUCACGAAGACGAGUAAUUAUCACCACACGGAGGCGGACAAGUUGUAUCCCAAGAUCGUGUCAAUAUUCAUCCUGGGGCAGUUGGGGAGAAUGCCAGACGAAUUGUGGAAAUGGCACAAAAACUAGAACAAGAAGCAUCACUGUCUCACCACAAUGUGGUGGCUCCUGUAGUUAUGCUUUGUCAGAAGAGGCAAGCUGUACUGAUUACACUGACCGGAACUGUGAUGUUGGUGUAUGGUCUUCCUGGUCUCCGUCCUGUGUAGGAAGAUGUCCAGGGUAUUCGAUAAGCCGUCACAGAUCCGUUAUAGUGCCAAAAAAAUGCAAUGGAAAUUGUACUUUUGACCUUAGCGAAACGGGAGCAUGCAACACAACAGGAUGGUCGGAAUGGAGUGGUUGUAACGCAACAUGUAACGAAAAUGGUACAACAACGAGGACAAACGCUUGCCUUGGACCAACAGUUGUGACCCAAUAUGCCAGCUGUUUGGGGACAUGCUGUUUUUGGUCUUGCCAUGGAGGCUUUCUUUCUACUGGAACAUACCCUAAUUGUGACUGUGUUGUGGACCAAUCAUAUAAGCCGAAUCAUGGUAACAGAUUGUAUUCCUAUACUCAAGGUUACAAAGAAGCACUGGUUUUGGCUGUGACUUUUAUCAUGGCUUACUUUGGAUAACACAUUUUAACAGAAGGGUAAAGCAUCUGGGUAGAGAUGGUGCCAAAACAUUGCUUCCAAAUUACGAAAAAUGCUUUUAAAUCACGUGUAAAGACGUCCAGUCAUUAACAGCUUCAAAUUAUAAUUCUAUUUAAAGGAAAUUUUUCACUGUUUGCAUUUUUUACUCCGAACACAAAUUUAUCAUCAUUUUUAAUUGAUUUAUUUGCAAUUUUACGGAUAGAAAUAUAUCAGA